CACGUGUCCUCAUAGAUGUGGCACUCUUUUGAUUCCAAAAGGCGUUUUUUGUCCUAAUUCCUGUUUCAUUCACACUACAUCAUUCACUUAAACUUUUUUUUUUAUUUUAGUCAUGAGUAGUGAUUUGCGCGCCAAUUUACUUCAGCUUGGUUUCAAUCUCAGGCAAGCGAGAGCCGCAGUUGAUGCAGGGAACCAAACUAUCGAAGCUGCAACAGAAUGGAUAUUUGAGAACAGUGAUAGAAUCGAGCCUUCUCAGACUGGAGCAGCCUUGCGAUUGCGUGACGAGGAUGAUGAAAUAUUUGAUGCGGAUUUGCAGCAGGCGCUCGCAGAGUCAAAGCUACAGCAGGCAUCAGCUUCUUCAGACAAUACUCCUUCAGAUGAUACAAAAGCAGCAGCAUCAUCUGCGUCGAAAAAGAUAAAAAUCAAUAUCAUUCGUAAUCAAACUCCAGCACAGAUAACCCCGCCGCUUCCGCUGACAUCUCGACACAAGGAAGAAGAGGCUCAGGCCACAAACGCUGCUCGCCUUUCAGAGGCGAAUAAGAGAGCUGAGCAGGCCAAAAAGGCGAAACAAGAGGCUCGACUAGCACAUCAAAGAGCAUUAAAUGAUCUCAAGGAAGAUAGAGAGAAUAGGAAACUCAGGAGCAAUAAUGUCCCGAUAUCUUCAUCAGGCAACACUCCAACUUCCGCUGCUACAUCCCAAAAUAUAAAUACAUCUAGACUGUUGCCACAGAUAAGUGUCAACAAUAACACACCAUCGACCACAGCCAAAUCCCAAACGAUGGUUCAACUCCGACUAAAAAAUGGGACUGUGGUGAAGCGCUCUUUCGAGAACAAUGCAACUAUCAAAGAUCUUUUUGAGCUAGUGCGGUCAGAGGGUGGAGAUACUGGAUCUGCAGACAUCAGCCUAAUUCAGCCCUUUCCUCGUCGAGAAUACACCAUUGGUGAUAGAGAUCUUACACUGUUAGAUGCCGGUUUAUGUCCCAGUUGUUCACUCAAUGUCUUUGUGCAAAUGCCGAUCCCAGCACCUCAACCUAUUGCACCUCCAAAUACAUGGCUUCCCAAUGAUAUAGAAAUGGAGGAGCCACCUACGCAAGACGAUUUAAACGGAGACGAAGAUAGCAACGGAUAUGAGGGUGAUGGAGGCCAAGGGAACAUGGAGACUGAAAACGACAGCGAAGAUAACGAAGGAAAUGAAGGUAGUGACGACCAUCAAGUUGGUAAUGGCGACGAUGGUGACCAUGAUGAAGAAGAUGAUAUGAUGUAUGCUCUUCCUAUGCCGCACCAACCCCCACACGACAAUCACCAGAAUCCCGUCGCAGGCCGAGGGCGUGGUAGAGGACGUGGCCGCGGUUUGCCGUUUUCAGGAGUCGGACAUGCUCUUGGCUCGGCAUCUUCUUCCUCGGCAACAGAUCAGAGUCAGUCCUCAACAAUGGGCCGGAACCAAGCCCCGACUGAGGAUAUUCCGACAGAGACAGAUGCAGUUCGCCGUCAGCGCAUUCUGGAUGCCAUGGCGAACAGAAUUGUGAAUCGUGCUGGUGAAAACGAUAAGAGUCCAAGUGUUCCUCAGAAAAAGGCAAAGAAGAGAGAUAUUCCAAGCCUGCAGGCGAUCUGUUGUCAUGAAGUUGCUCUCUUGGUGAUAGCAGGAAACGCGGCAUCAACUAGGCAUCUAAAGUUGCUUAAAGAGAAUGUUGGGCCUCAAGCAGCAGAGGGCAUUGUCCAUGAGCUUACGAAACUCAAGCAGCUUGACCAACUGACCUUAAAGAGGCUCCAUCGCUGCUCCAUCCAAAGUAUGGUCCUAGACUCAUACUCUCGUGCCACAGAUUCAUUGAUGGACACCAUCGGAAAUUCACAAGCUCGAUCACUGACAUACUUGAGCAUGAAAGAAUGUACGUUUCUCACCGACAGUGGUUUUGCAAACAUUACUCGUCUUGAAGAGCUGGAGUAUUUGGACCUCUCACACUGCCGAGUGACAGAUAAGACGCUUGGGUUCACAUUGAACCUACCAAACUUGACGACGCUUUUGUUGUCGGGCACAAAGAUCACAUCGAAUGGGCUUGCAAGAAUCAUAUCUGAGGCUGCUUGGAAAUCGACUUUACAUACUCUCGAUGUAUCAUUUUGUCAAGGGAUUGGUGGACCAUAUUCUUUUGUCAACUUACAAGGGCUAACGAACCUCAGCACACUCAAGUUGAACAACACGGCUGCAUUUGGGUCUGCCCCGAUCAAGGUGCCUGACGACGGAGCGUUCGCUUGUCUACUAAAGCUUGACUUGGCAAGGACACAGAUUACUGAUAACGACUUGAUGAAACUGACGCCGGUAUUCAUGGCUGUCCAAGUCCUUAAUCUCAGCGCAUGUCCCAAUAUUGGAGCUAACUCGCUGGAGUUCUGUGUUACCGCACUUCAUAAACUGCAAAAUAUCAGCUUUCCUAACCGAGAGCACGAUCUAUUGACCGUCCUCCCUGCCGCAGCUGCUCUGCCACUCACGCACCUAGACCUGACAGGGUUUCUAUACGUGACAGAUGAUGCAAUCCUGACUUUGGCCUCGGCUGUAAACUUACAAUUACUAUCGCUCGCAGGGACGAAACUUACCAAUGUCGGUGCGGCUGUGCUUGUCCAUAUGACAUCCUUAAAAGAGCUCCUACUUGAUAGAACAUCCGUAGGAGAUAAGGCUAUGGAUUACUUAAGAGAUCUCGGUAGGCUCGAGGAGCUCUCACUUAAUCGAUGUGAAAAACUGACAGUGGCAGGGAUCAUUAAACUUAGCAAGAGCGCAUUCUUUUCUAUGAAACUGAAGCGUCUCAACCUGGGGUUCAACAAAUAUAUCCACGACGAGGCGCUUGCUGUGUUUACACAAUGCCAUGAGUUGCACACACUCAACCUAGAAUACACGGAUGUAACAGAAGAACGAGCCUUAUUAUUGCAAAACUCACUCCCAAACCUUGAGCAGCUGCGAAUCCAGGGUGUCACGAAUGGAUCUGUUCUUGAAGAAACACCACACCCAGUGCUAAACUAAGGUGCUCACGAGAAUAGUACUCUAUAUAAGCAAAGAUCACAGGCAUCCUACAAUUGGUGAACGCGUAUACUCAAUAUAUUCGGCCUUGGUGUGGAAAUAAAAAUG